AUGGCAUAUCGCAUGCCCCACGACCGAGACCGGCGGGUGUACAUCGUCAUCCACCAGGACGGCAUGAUAGCCACCAUUCUGGGCGUCUACGAAGAGCUGCAGGACGCCAACCGAGACUGUCUGUUGCGGGCAUCGCAAGGGGGCAUCGAGCUGCUGCAGGACUCGCCCACGACGGGGCCCGACAAACAUCACAUCUCGCCCAUUGAGCCCGCGCGGUGGGACACGCCGGACGGCUUGUCGUGCUGGGUCGAGAGCCAUGUGGUUGAGCCGAGCCGAGUCGCGAUGCGAUGCGAUGCGAUGCUAUAUGAUACCUCGAUAGCAAAAACAAAACAAGAAACCAUCAAUUACGAAUACCAGUACCUUAGCUGUCCGCUCGAUGAUGGUGAUGAUGAUGGUGACGAUACAUAUAAGCUAGGCCUAGCAGUUGGUUACGUGUAUGAGCAGCAUGUACAUGUGGCUUCUCCCGUCAUGGCCGAGGUGGACGUGCCCACCUUUGGCGCAGAGCUAAAGGAAGAGAAGAAGUACGAGAACAAGAACAAGAACAAGAAGAAGGAGGAGGAGGAGGAGGAGGAGGAGGAGGAGGAGAGAAAAGAAGCCAGAAAGGGCUUCCGUGAUCCCCCCUGCGCGGCCAACGCCUGGGUCAACAAUGGCAUUACCUGGCUCGACGAGAUCCAGCAGUUCUACCGCGACCGCGCCGCCAUCGAAAAGGAAUACAGCGCAAAGCUCGAUGCGCUGGCCAAAAAGUACUUUGAGAAGAAGAAUAGGAAGAUCUCUCAGCUGAGCGUUGGCGACACCCCGACCCUGACCCCCGGCUCGCUGGAGAGCGCUUCCUUGACGACCUGGUCCACGCAGCUUACGACGCUCGAGUCUCGCGCCUCCGAACACGAUCGCUAUGCGAACAGCCUCCUGUCCCAAGUGGCCGAGCCCCUGAAAUUCUACAACAACCGCUUCGACGACUUGCGCAAGCGCCAUGCCGACUAUGCCGACAAGCUCGAGGCCAGCCGCGACGCCUGCUAUGCCGAUUUGCGCAAAAUAAAGACAAAGUACGACGGCACAUGCCAGGAGCUCGAGAGCAAGCGCAAGAAGACCGAGUCGCACUACGACAAGGCCAAGGCCCAGAACGCCUACCAGCAGCAGCUCUUCGACAUGAACAACGCCAAGAACACCUACCUCAUCGCCAUCAAUGUUGCCAACAAGCAAAAGGAAAAAUACUACCACGAAUAUGUCCCCGAAGUCAUGGAUAGCCUGCAGGACCUGAACGAGUUCAAGACGCUCAAGCUCAACUUUUUGUGGGACGUGGCGACUCGUCUGGAAGGCAACAUGCUUCAGCAGAGCAACGGCAUGAUCGAGCACCAAGGCAAGGAGAUCCAGAGGAAUCUGCCUCACCUGGACUCCAUGAUGUACAUGCGCCACAACAUGGGCGCCUUCCAAGAACCGCCAGACAAAGCCUUCGAGCCCAGCCCCGUCUGGCAUGACGAUGACCUCAUGAUUGUGGACGAGACGGCCAAGAUUUACCUGCGCAACGUACUAACAAAAUCCAAAGGCCAGCUGGGGGAACUCCGGAGAGAAGUGGACAAGAAGCGCAAAGAGGUGGAAUCUAUGAAGCGGGUCAAGGAACGAGUUCGAGAUGGAAAGGAGAAGAAGGACGAGGUCGAAGUGAUCCGCACGCUCUUCGCCAUGCAAGAGGAUCUGAUUGCCGUGGACCAGAAGAGGCUCACGGCCGAGGUCGAGACCACCACCAUCACAACCGCGGUUGGGGAUGUCACGCUGGGGGCCAAGAACCACAACUUUAAAAGCCAGACUUUCAAGAUACCGACCAACUGCGACUUGUGCGGCGAUCGCAUCUGGGGCUUGAGCGCCAAGGGGUUCGACUGUCGAGACUGCGGCUACACGUGCCACAGCAAAUGCGAGAUGAAGGUGCCUGCGGAUUGUCCUGGCGAGCAGAACAAGGAGGAGCGAAAGAAGCUCAAGGCUGAGCGCCAGGCCGCGACCAACAAGCUCCUCGCGCCCGACCCGGCGUCCAUGUCAAACGAGAGCCUGGCCCGGUCCAACACUAUGAACUCGGUGAGCUCGCAGUCAGCGCGACAGUCCGUCAUCUCUGGGCCACAAACCCCGUCAGAGGACGCGCCCUCUGAGAUUGCCCCCAAGGCCACCACACCUGCUGUGGCUGUGGCCGCAAAGACUACCGCUGCAGCUCCCGCAAAGAGGAAUAGAGUCGUCGCACCCCCUCCCACGGCGUACAUCUCGGCUCCACCGGCGAGUAGCACCAAUGGCAACGCGGAAAGGGAAGAAAAGAAGGGUAAAGUGCUGUACCAGUUCGAUGCCGGUGGUGACGGAGAGCUAUCGGUAGCGGAAGGAAAAGAAGUGGUGAUAUUGGAACCAGAUGACGGCUCCGGCUGGAUCAAGGUCCGUGAUGGCUAUAAGGAAGGUCUCGUACCGGCGACAUAUAUAGACCUCAACAUUGCGCAGUCAACGUCCUCGGCAUCCGCUCGCCCAUCGUCCACCUACUCAACGUCGACAACAUCAUCGCUGGCGCUCAGCGCCGCGUCACGGAAGAAGGGCCCCGCGGUAGCGCCCAAGAGAGGCGCCAAGAAGCUGCAGUACGUGGAAGCCCUGUACGACUACACCGCGCAGAGCGAUGCCGAGCAUUCCAUGGCGGAGGGCGAGCGCUUCGUGCUGGUCAAGGAGGAUUCCGGGGAUGGCUGGGCCGAGGUCGAAAAGGCUGGCGUGACGGCUAGUGUGCCUGCUAAUUACAUCCAGGCUGUGUAG